AUGGAUGAAGAGCAAAACCUGAGUGUAAAUUGUGGAGACAAAUGGUGCAAAGCCAACUUCUGUGUUAGAGGAAUAAAAUCCAGUGACUGUGCAUCUGUUUGUGAUGAAAGUGCUGAUGAAACACAAUCUGUGACUGAAAAGAGGAGCAGCGACAAGCUGACAGAGGUGUCCCUUGGUCUUGAACAAGUCUCAGAUGAACUGAGAGAGAUUGGGAAAACAAUAAGUCUGCUCAGCAGUAACAAGAAGGAAGAGAAGUUCGGAUACUGGGCCAGAAUGGCGAUUGUACGCCGCCUGAACCUGCGCAAAGACAGUCUUAAGUACACUAUGAGCCGGCCCAUUAUAAACAACAGCCAUCAUACAGAUGUGUUGCUUGAAAUGAAACUCUAUGCCAUCCUGGACAUGGAAUGGACAAAUGAGUACAUUAAGUGGGACCCAAAUCAAUUCUGUGGAAUUAAGGAUAUGACAAUUCCUACUGCAUAUUUGUGGAUGCCCGAUAUAACUAUUGUAGAGAUGACAGAGAAGGAUAAAGCGUCUCUGAGUCCUUAUCUCUGUGUCAACCACAAUGGUGUGAUCGAAUACAGGAAUGACCAGGUGGUGGUGAGCACCUGCAAGCUGCACGUGUACAAAUUCCCCUUUGACUUUCAGAAGUGCAACAUAUCCUUCAAGUCUAUUAUGUACUCUGAUGCAGAAAUGAAGUUACAGCCCGACAACAGCAAUAAAACAGUCACAGAGUGGUCUCGUGACUUUAUGCAGACACAGUAUGAGUGGCUCUUUGUCAACAUGUCAGUCACCAACAGAACUGUCAAUGAUAGGAUGAUUAACCACCUUAUUUCACAGAUUACCAUGAAGAGGAGGUCUGUCCUCUACAUUGCUAAUUUCUUGCUGCCAGUCUUCUUCUUCUUGGUUCUGGAUAUGGCCUCCUUCCUUGUAUCAGACAGUGGAGGUGAGAAACUUGGCUUCAAAAUCACUGUGCUGCUUGCUGUCACGGUGAUGCAGCUUCUUCUCAAUGAGAUCUUGCCCAGCUCUUCAAACAGAAUUCCACUUAUAGCUGUCUACUGCAUUGGGGGGUUUUCUCUGAUGCUGCUCAGCCUCUUGGAGACAAUUUUGGUGAUGCAUCUGCUUGACAAAGACUCUGCAGCCCAAGAUAAUGAGACAGAUGGAAUCCAAGACAUAAAGAGAAAUAGUCAUUGUGCCUCUGUCUCUGGGGUAUCUGCUGAGGAAACACCAUCUGUGUCUUUGUCUGUAUCAUCUCUGACCCAAAAGGGUAGCAGCAGUAAACUGACAGAGGUGGCCUUUGCUCUGGAAAAAGUGUCAGAUGAGCUGCGGGAGACUGGGAAAACAGUGACUCUACUCAGCAGCAACAGGAAGUCUGGCUACUGGACAAGAAUG